ACCUGUUUUACUCUGCAAUGCAGUCGGAGCCAGAGAUGACAUGUAGUCCUCAACAGCAGUCAGAAACGAAUGAGCUACUGCAACCAAGUGAACACUCGGGUUUGUCAAGAAAACGGUCUUCAGAUGUAAAUGAGCCGUUUGAACCGCCGAGCAACACCUUCGAUGUACUGUCAAAAACAAUGCAUGAGAUGCAGCAACCAAGUUGUUCCCAGCAGCAUCUGCGAACGUCGACCUCAGACGAAAACCAAUUCGAACUCGCGCAAGGUCCUCAAACAAAGUCUGAACGGGUCGCGCUUAGCAGAUCUAAUGAAACUGCAGAAAGGCGUGCCUCGCGCCUACAAGCCAACGCAGAAAGAGCUAGAUUGAUAAGAUUAAAAGAAUCUGCACAGCAGAGAGCGCAACGCCUUGCAAAGGACGCGGAAAAGAAGAGAAAAAGGAGAUCAGACGAAACGGAGGAAGAGCGUCUGCUGCGCUUGCGUAACAGAAGGAUACAACGAGCUCAAGUCAACUUAGGGGAAAAAGCUCAGGAGAAAAAUUACGAGCAGAGUUCUGAUCCACAUACUAUAAGCGCAGAGGACGGAGACACGAUCAAUGCAACACAGUGUUUUAGAGAAGAGGCUACUUGCAGCCAGAACCUGGCAACUCAGGCGGAUUUGAUGCAGUGCUCGAGUGAACGCCGAGUGACUACGUUGUUUUAUUCUGAUGAUAACAAGGGAAUUCGACAUGGUUCACUCUCAGCUGAGCUGCAUGCAGAUGAACAGGAUGAUGCUCCAGCAACUUCAAAUUCCCAGGUGAAUAUGGUCCCAGGAAAAUCGAGUGAGGUGACUAACUCUCAAACCUUACAACAUAAUACAGAAGUGCGCUGGAAUGAUACAAACGACGAAAACUGCUACUUUCCAGUCAUUCAAAAUCUAGAAGUCGAUAUAUGUGAAAGUGAGCGUGCAGCCACCCCAGAAGAAAACGAAAGCGCGGGAUAUGUAUCGGAGAGACUUCCAUCCAAUGAAACCAUCAUUUCACAACGAGCCGAAAAUCAGCAAUCAACAUGCGUAAGAAGUCUAAAUCAUACGUGCGAACUGUGGAUGGUAAACCUAUCAAAGCCGCGCACGGUGAGUCCUCAUUGA